AUGUACGAACCCACGCGGAAAACGUCGUCGUUUCCAAAGCCCUCUCGAUUCUCGACAUCGGACUGCAGAACAACGGUCACCGGAGACUCGUCGGGGAGUUUUAUCGCGUUGCUGUUCUUCAAGCGCCGCGCGAAUUCAUCUUCUACAACGGAUUUCCCGCUCAGGACGAGCGUCGUGGAUGAUUGUGGCUCCAUUUCUGCAGCAGAAAACUACACGACUCAGCCGUUCGAAUCACAUUGUCACACCAACUCAUCCUGGAGCCAAGAGCAAACAUUCGAAAUCUCACCAACCAACUUCCUCAGCUCCUCCCUCGACACCACCCGCGAAUCGGGCGGUUCACUCACCAUACCUACGGUUUUCUCUCCCGAGAUUGUGGCUCGGGACAAGGAAAGGGUGCUGGAGCAACUGGGGAAUCCUCCACCGCUUGUUGCGGUCCCACGCCAGGCAUUUCUUCAUGAGAUCAAGAAGCCACGGAUUGGACACGGGCCCGUAAAUUAUCUCGUGGGCUGGGUCCGUUAUGACCUUGAACUUGGCCCAAAAGGUCUUGUACUUGGAGAAUGGGGUCCGCCCGUAGACCAUCUGGUAGAGGAUGCAGCCUAG